UGCAGGUGUGGCACUGGGACAGGUAAACUGCAGAACGGACAGCGCGCGUUUGGAGUCGCGUUAGAUGUUUACACGGUAAAGACUGGACCAAGGGAAGCAUCGCGGAGUAAUUUGGACGGAGGAAGGAAGUUUGUUGCACACAAAAGCAAUGGAAGGGCUAUAAUUAUCUCCCAGUGCAUUUUCCACCGAGCUUUGGGACUCUGGCUUUGAGGCAGGGACACCGCGGGUCGGCUGCUAAAAUGGAGGAAUAGUUUUCUGUAUCUUCUGCCUAAAAGUUGGAAAGCGGUUUGUCUAAUUUAUAUCGUGCUUUGGGGGUUAGUUGGACGCAUCUCUGGAGUCUUCGUUCCUGAGGUUUUCUUCUUACAGCAGAGAUGGCCCAAGACCCGGAGACCCUGGAGCCCUUCCCGGUGGACAGAGAUGGCAUACAGUUCAGGAGGGAGGAAGACAAGCCGGAUGGAAAGCUGGGAUGCUGUGACAAGUUCCAACACUCCUUGUCUAAAUGGAUGCUUCCGGAGAACAAACGUGACACAUAUCUGGAGCGGGCCAACUGCUGCCCACCCCCCAUCUUCAUCAUCCUCAUCAGUAUAGGAGAGUUGGCAGUGUUUAUCUACUACGCCGUGUGGAAGCCCCAGAAGCAGUGGAUUACCCUGGACGAAGGCAUCUGGACCAGCCCUUUGACGUACAAGCCGGAGUUCAGGGAGGAGGCGUGGCGCUUCAUUUCCUACAUGUUUGUCCACGCGGGAGUGGAGCACAUUGUGGGAAACCUGUUCAUGCAGCUGUUACUGGGAAUCCCGCUUGAACUGGUUCACAAGGGCUUUGAGGUGGGGAUGGUGUACCUUGCUGGAGUCCUGGCAGGUUCUUUGGCCAGCUCUAUAUUUGACCCUCUCAGUGCCUUGGUGGGGGCCUCUGGGGGAGUUUAUGCACUGCUAGGGGGCUAUUUUAUGAACGCAGUUGUGAAUUUUCGAGAGAUGCUUCCAGUGCUUGGUGUGUUUCGUAUCCUUGCUAUUGUAAUCAUCGUGGGCACAGAUUUUGGAUUUGCCUUGUACAGAAGAUUUUUCAGUGGUGAUGAAGGACUGAGGGUGUCCUUUGUGGCCCAUUUUGGAGGGAUAGUAGCUGGCAUGACUAUCGGCUAUGUUUUCUUCAGUGAUUAUAAUGAGAAACUGCUCAAAGACCCUCGAUUUUGGAUCUGUAUAGUUGGGUUUGUGCUUUUUCUUCUCUUUGCGGUGCUCUUCAAUAUCUUCCUGUCUCCAGCUCCAUAGAAACAUUGGAGGACACAAGUACUGUACAUCAAGUGCCGAACACUAAAGCCUUCAUUUGACACUCAGGUAUAUUACAUUUCCAAAAA